CACGAACCAACCGGCACCAACCGGCUCUCAUCGCGUCCACACAAGCCAUUCACGCGGCCGAUAUCACAACCACAACCACAACCACAAUCACAAUCACACAACCAUCAUAUUUAUGUCGCAGCCCAUGACACACAUAGACACCAUCAAUAUGCAGUCGCGGCUCCCGCGGCCACCGCUGUCUGCCCUGCCGCAGCAGAUUCCACACUCUGCAUCUGGACUCGGCUUUGGCUCCAACCUCGCUCAGGACAACGGCACGCCAUCAUCUACGCCACUCGCCGUAUUUUUGUAUGGGCCCCCGACCGGAACCAGCCUUAUAUAUCUUGAGUCAAUGCUGAAGCAGCUUCUGUUAAAAACGCCGCAGAACGGGUGGAGCUAUGGUGUGCUGCUCAGUGACCACACGCUGCAGCCACGCGACCGCAUCAGAAUUAAUGGCGAAACAGUUGACAGCCGGGUUUUUGAAAGGUGCGCUCGCGAAUUCCAGCGGGAUUUAGACAAAGAAGGGGGCUACAUCGGGCACAGGAAGAAGAGCACAGCCAAGCAGAGGGUGGAGAAUAUGCUUGUUAACGUUGCGCUCCGGGUUUUCGACAGUCAAAAGGUGACCGCCAUUGCAAUUGCUAUGGCCCACCCUAUGUCCGACACAGAUGCUCUUGCAUGUGCAUCAUUGGAAAUGCAAGGCGCCAGUAAGGAUACUAGCGACUCAAGCUAUCGGACCAUCGAGCAGCUGGUUCUAGACAUAUAUACCCCAGACAGGAUCAUCUGCGGCUUUGAGCCCUUGUCGGAAUUUUUGGAAAGCCUGCCUGGGAGCUGGCGCAAAAGCCUUGGCUACUUGGCCCGGCGGCCUAUACACAUGAUCUCGUGGCCUCAGCCAAACGCCGUGCGAAUGCAGCUCCUCAACUUGGCUAUGGUCCUCGGCAACACCAUUGAGCUCGUGCAGCCCCUGUCGUCGCUACCGGCGGCCAAAGACGCAUGGGCGCACCACAAUGGGCUGUUACGGCUGCGCACGCAUACACAUGGUGUUGGCGAGUACACCACUGCAAUGGCUCUCAGCACGAUGCGGCAAGUGACAAAGCAGACCAUAACGUUUAGCCCAUUCCAUGCGCAGAACCAGACGCCCUUGCGAGACACGCCGCCGUGGAUGCUGCGCGGAUUGAGCAACGCAGCCAGCGGCACAGGCCAAUGGCACUACAGCUGGGCCGAGACACCCAGCGACUUUAAGCGCACCGGAGAGUGGUUUGGCGGAGUGUGCCAGAAGAACCACGCCAAUCCGCGGGUGUUGCUGAUUCACCUGCCAGAAUCGUUUAUUUCGACAGUCAGGUGCCGGCGAGGCGGGGAUGGCCAGUGGGUUUCGUCGGAUUACCGCGAAAUGCUCAAAUCGCUCUAUUUGCCGCUGCGCAAUAUCAAGUGGGCCUGCUGUGUUUUUGCCGCCGAUAUUCUCUACGAGUCCAAUGUCAUCGAGUCCAACGUGCCACCCGUUCUGUCGCAGUAUGUCCUGCGCGAAUACUGGUCCCAGAUCAGCGGACAGCAGACAGAACAGAUUUUCAUUGCGCCCAGUCUGGCUAGCGCGCUGAAGCUGAUCGCAUCGACGUGUGCCACACGGAUAAAUGCUAUGCUCGACCGAUCUCUCCCGUCCUCUGAUUAUCCAUCAAGAACAGUGUCCCCAGUGGUGGGCUCCGAAAGCACGAUCUUUGAGCAUUCGUCGAGGCGCAGACCAUCGCAGCUGCUCCAGCCGUCGCCGUCGGGCAGCAACAUCAUGAGCAUGACCACUCGGCCGUCGCGGGCCCUCAGCAGGGCCACCGGGCUCAAGAACGCAACGUCAAUGGACAGUCUUCGCGAAAGCAGGCGAAAAUUCUCGCUGGGCAUGGGCAACUCUGGCAGCGAGUCAACGAUAUCGCUGCCGCUCAGGAAUCCCAUGGCCACUGUGUCGCCGGGAAUUGCGCCAAUGACAGCGCCCAUGGCGGGAACAAUUGCCUCUACUCCCAAGGUCGACAUCCUUGUGACGGGCGCAAAGUCAUUUGUGCAGUCGACGAUUCUCGUUGCUCAGAAUCAGACCUGUACUCCAUAAAGUGCGCAAUUGUAACAUUUUCUUUUUACGAUUUUUCAAUUUUUCUUUCGUUAUUACAAUACUGGCAA